AAAGAUCACAAACAUGCAAUAGCCAAUCCCGCACGACACUCGUGUAAAUAAGUCGUCGCCUCCCUCCCUUCCUCCCUCCUUCUAAUACUUCUCGAUCCAGAUCCAAUUCCUCUCUUCUCCGAUCUGGUUAAACACAAUCACAAACAAUGUCAUCAUCCUCCUACGCCACGAGCAGCCUCGUCGUCGGCUACGCCCUCUGCUCCAGCCUCCUCGCCGUCAUCAACAAGUUCGCAAUCACCUACUUCAACUACCCCGGCCUCCUCACCGCCCUCCAGUACCUAACCUCCACCGUCGGCGUCUACCUCCUCGGGAAGCUAGGCUUCCUCCACCACGACGCGUUCACGUGGGACACCGCCAAGAAGUUCCUCCCCGCCGCCGUCGUCUUCUACCUCGCGAUCUUCACCAACACGAACCUCCUCCGCCACGCUAACGUCGACACCUUCAUCGUGUUCAGGUCUCUCACCCCUCUCCUCGUCGCGAUCGCGGAUACGGUUUUCCGCUCCCAGCCGCGUCCUUCGAAGCUCACGUUCUUGUCUUUGUUAGUGAUCCUCGCUGGCGCGGUUGGUUACGUGGCGAACGACUCUGCUUUUACUCUAACGGCCUAUUCGUGGGCCUUGGCUUAUCUCGUUACGAUAACUACCGAGAUGGUUUAUAUUAAGCAUAUGGUUUCGAGUCUUGAGCUCAACACGUGGGGGUUUGUUUUAUAUAAUAAUCUCUUGUCGCUGAUGAUUGCGCCGAUCUUUUGGUUCCUCACGGGGGAGUACACGGAUGUUUUCACGGCGGUGAAUGCUAACGGAGGGAGUUUGUUUGAGCCCGUUGCGUUUUUCGCUGUGGCGUUGUCGUGUGUGUUUGGGUUUCUUAUUAGCUUCUUUGGGUUCGCUGCGAGGAAAGCUAUCUCCGCUACGGCUUUUACUGUGACGGGUGUUGUGAACAAGUUCUUGACUGUUGUGAUUAAUGUUCUGAUUUGGGACAAGCAUGCGAGUCCUGUUGGGUUGGUUUGUCUUCUUGUUACGAUCUGUGGUGGUAUUGGUUAUCAGCAGUCCGUGACCGUGGCUAAGAAACCGACCAGUGGUCCAGCUCAAGUGUUGAACGACAGUGAGAAGGUUGAUGAAGAGUCGGUGGAGUUGAUUCCGGGGAAAGUAGCUACUAAUGUAUGAUGAUGAGGUUUUAGCAUUUGAGUAUUUACAUUUGAAGAGGUUUCUUCUA